AUUCAACUCUCUAUCUCUAUCAUCCAUUGCUUAAUUGACGAAUUGCUUUCUUGCUUUCAGUUGUACUCGGCAUUAUACAACUGCAAACCCCCAAUCUCAAUCCAAUUGAGACCCUACCCCGCUAUUGACUCAGCAUUGAUAACCUGUUCACCUCAAAGAAUAUAAUCAUGGCCACCGCACCAAGAGGAAGACUUCAGGGCAAGAAUGCCAUCAUCACGGGUGCCGCUGGGUAAUCUUCCUCGAUCCCGUUCUGCCUUCUUCCAAUGCGCUGACGGACUCUAUGCAGCGGAAUUGGUCUAGAGACCAGCAUCCUCUUCGCCCGUGAAGGAGCCAACGUCCUCAUGGCAGAUAUCUCUGAACCAGCUCUCGAGAAGGCUCUCGCCAAAGUAAAAGAGGUCGUCCCCACGGCUCCCCGCGUGGAGACGGUCAAAUGCGACGUCUCGAAGGAAUCCGAAGUCCAAGCCAUGAUCGAAUCCCAGGACAGCUGGGGCGGCACCGAUGUGAUUUUCAACAACGCGGGUAUCAUGCAUGCGGACGAUGCGGAUGCCGUUGAUACUCCUGAGAAGAUCUGGGAUCUCACGCAGAAUAUCAACGUCAAGGGUGUCUGGUAUGGAUGCAAGCAUGCCGUUCUCAGUUUGCGCCGUCACAAGAAGACGAAGGGUAGCAUUAUCAACACCGCAAGCGUGGUGGCUUUGGUCGGAAGUGCUACGCCCCAGUUGGCAUACACGGCCAGCAAAGGUGCUGUUCUUGCAUUGACCCGGGAGUUGGCCAUCGUGCAUGCUCGUGAGGGAUUCCGAUUCAAUGCUUUGUGCCCUGCUCCUCUGAACACCCCUCUCCUCCAGGACUGGCUGGGAGACGACCAGCCCAAGCGUUUCCGCCGUGAAGUGCACUUCCCCACGGGUCGUUUCGGAGAGGCCAUCGAGCAGGCGCACGCUGUCGUAUUCCUAGCGAGCGACGAAAGCAGUUUUGUCAAUGGAAGUGACUUUGUUGUCGACGGAGGAAUGUCCAAGGCCUAUGUGACUCCUGAGGGGCCUGCCACCGUCGCACCUAAGAACCUGGGCCAUUAAUUAAACCGCAUAGAUUUCGGAUAAUAGAUCAGUGUACCAUUCAUGUCAUUAUGAUGGAUUUAGCAUUUCUCCCAUUGAAACGUCUGUAUUCUGAGUUAUAGAGAGGGCCGCUAUGAAUCCAUGAACAGGUUGGAAACUUCCACAACACCAUUAGUUGCUCUACUGUAGAGUCCAUAUGCAGAUUCAGACAUGGCUUAACAAGCUGCUAAACAGGGAUCAUUC